AUGGUGAUCAGGCAGCUCCCAUCGCAAGGCCUCUCGUACCAGCUCUGGCCCACAGCAACUACUCUCGUCACCCUCCUAGAUCACCACUGUUGUGACCCUAGCAAUAGUCCCUUGUCUUCCACACUCCUCGAUCAAUGUCGCAGUCUCAAUAUCCUCAAGCUUGGAUCCAAAACUGGCCUAGUUGGAAUCGCCGCAACCACUACUCUCGGUGCUAAUGUCAUGGUCACCGACCUCCCACACGUCAUCAUGAACCUCCAAUUCAACGCUAAAGUGAACGCCGCCGUUUUGGCCGCAAACGGUGGGACCAUCCACGUGUCGUUGCUGAGGUGGGGAGAGGCCAAUGAUGUGAAUUUGAUUGGGUGA